UGUGUCAUUCAACACCAAAGCGCCGGAGAGGACCGCGCGCACUCCGCGGCGCGCAGCAGGGCAUCAAACUACACAGCGCGAGAUGGAUCGAGUACUACUUCUUUCCCUACUGGUGCUUAUCGACGCGUUGCUAUGGCAAUGCUGCCAUACCCAGCAGAGAGGACUGUUCCCAGCAGUGCUGAAUCUGGCUACAAUGGCAGACAUAACAACUAAUGCUACCUGUGGCACAAAUGGACCAGAGAUGUUCUGUAAGCUGGUGGAACAUGUUCCUGGUCAGCCUGUGAGGAACCCGCAAUGUCGAACCUGCAACCAACGGAGUACAAACUCAUUUGAGCAUCAUCCUAUUGAAUAUGCCAUAGAUGGAACCAACCGUUGGUGGCAAAGUCCUUCUAUUAUGAAUGGGAUGGAAUACCACUAUGUGACAGUCACACUGGACUUGAAACAGGUUUUCCAGGUUGCUUAUGUGAUAAUCAAGGCAGCCAACUCACCUCGUCCAGGUAAUUGGAUCUUGGAGCGCUCAAUAGAUGGCGUGACCUUUGAACCUUGGCAGUACUACGCGAUCACAGACACGGAGUGUCUGACGAGGUUCAACAUAUAUCCACGAACCGGACCGCCAUCCUACACCAGAGAUGAUGAAGUGAUCUGUACAUCGUUUUAUUCAAAGGUUCAUCCACUGGAGAAUGGAGAGAUCCAUACGUCUCUGAUCAAUGGGCGACCCAGUGCAGAUGAUCCCUCUCCCACCCUGCUAAACUUCACCUCUGCCCGCUACAUCAGGCUGGUGUUCCAGCGAAUACGAACGCUGAAUGCUGACCUAAUGACUCUGACACUUAGCGACCCCAAAGAUAUCGAUCCCAUUGUGACAAGACGGUACUAUUAUUCCAUUAAGGACAUCUCGGUUGGAGGAAUGUGUAUCUGUUAUGGCCAUGCCAAAGCCUGUCCACUCAACUCUGCUACGAAGAAGUUUAGCUGUGAAUGUGAGCACAACACAUGUGGGGAGAGCUGUGACCACUGUUGCCCGGGUUACCACCAGCAGCCAUGGAUGGCGGGAACCUUCCUCACUAGACACGUUUGUGAAAAGUGCAACUGCAAUAAUAAGGCAGAGGAGUGCUUUUUUAAUCAGACUGUAGCUGACCUGUCCUUAAGCCUCGACACUCACGGUCAGUACCGAGGUGGUGGCGUCUGUAUUGGUUGCCGUGACAACACAGCUGGAAUCAACUGUCAAAGCUGCAUUCCUGGUUACUACAGACCUACAAAGGUGGGUGCAGAUGAAGAGGACCCCUGCAUCCCUUGCUCUUGUGAUCCACAUGGUUCUAUUAGUCAGACUUGUGUUGCAGAUGAAAGCCAAGCUUCGCCCGGUCAGCCAGCAGGGUCAUGCUGGUGUAAGGAAGGUUUCGGGGGUCUGCGAUGUGACAGAUGUGCUGUUGGUUAUAAAGACUACCCAACGUGUGAGCGCUGUAAUUGCAGAGUGGAAGGAAGCAUCAACGCUGACCCGUGUGUAACACCGUGUAUAUGCAAGGAAAAUGUUGAAGGAGAGAACUGCGAUCGGUGUAAACUUGGUUUCUACAACCUGCAACAAGAUAAUCGACGUGGCUGUGAAAAGUGUUUCUGUAUGGGUAUUGCAAGUCAGUGCUCUCCUUCAACUUGGAACUUUGAGAAUGUGACCACUCUUGCUGGCUGGCAUCCGGUUGGAGAGACAGGAGGGAGGGUAUGGUCUGUUCACAGAGAGACACCUUCAUAUCUGACCAUCAGACACUUGGAUGUUGUGAACGAUCUUGGCUCCGCCUACUACUGGAACGCACCUGAAAUAUAUCUUGGAAACAAGGUUGCAGCCUAUGGAGGUGAUGUGACGUUCACGGUGUCAUACAAAACAAACCAACAAGCGGCCAUCAGAGUCACCUCAGAGCCUGACCUUAUUAUUGAGGGAGGUGGAAUGAAGCUUAUAGACAGCUGGUUUGGCCAGCCAGUGUAUCCGUCGUCUACCAGCACCAAACACAUUAUUCUCCUUCCUGAGAACUUCGUGGUUUCAGAGACAAGACAGGCGAUCAGCAGAAGAGAUUUCCUGUUAGUGCUGGCCAACCUGACGAGUUUAAUGGUGCGGGCCUCAUACAGCACGGAAGCCAGCGCUGUCUACAGGCUCCAUUCAUUCUCAAUGCAGGUGGCAAAUCCUUUAGCCACUGGAAAGAGAGCAUCAGCUGUAGAAAAGUGUGCCUGUCCCCCUGGAUAUGGAGGAUUAUCCUGCGAGACAUGCCCUCCUGGUUUUCGGCGAGUCUACGGAAAACUGUAUAAUGGUGUGUGUGAACCAUGCCGCUGUCAUAGACACAGCUCACAUUGCCAUGAGUUCACAGGACAUUGCCUGGACUGCACCCACCAUACUACUGGCCACCAUUGUGACACCUGCCUACCUGGUUACUAUGGCAAUGCCACCCAUGGGACACCUCAAGACUGUCAGCCAUGUGCCUGCCCACUUAAUCUUCCCAGCAACAAUUUCAGCCCCACAUGCCACCUUGGUGACAAAGGAGAGCUGCUCUGUGAUCAGUGUCAGCCUGGAUAUACAGGGCCAAGAUGCGACAGCUGUUCCAGUGGGUACUACGGCCAGCCUGCUGUACCCGGAGGAUCCUGCCAACCCUGCAUUUGCAAUGGCAAUCUGGACCUCUCCAUACCCAAUAGCUGCGAUGCAAUCACAGGCCAGUGUUUGAGGUGUCGUCAAGGUUACAAUGGUGUGACUUGUGACAGCUGCGCUGAAGGCUACUAUGGGGAUGCCAUGACAUUAAAAAGCUGCCAACCCUGUCAAUGCCACACCAAUGGUUCAGUAUCAGAAGUUUGUAACAAGGAGAAUGGUCAGUGCCAGUGCCGAGAAAAUGUGAUUGGACGGCAGUGCGAUAAGUGCAUGCCUAACUGCUGGUGGGAUGCUGAGCUGCAGGAGUGUAUGCCCUGUCGCUGCAGUCCUUAUGGCUCCAUCUCUCAGCGCUGCGACACUGAGGGCCGCUGCAUCUGCCGCCCUGGCUUCAUGGGCCGACGCUGUGACCUUCGUCGCCUAGGUUACGAAAGGCGGGAGACACGGCGCCCUGUAGAGCGUGUUCCUCUGGAAGCUGUGCAGCAGAGGUGGGGGGGAACCUCCCGCACAACAGGGGGUUGUCCCAGGGGAGCGUACAGACCUCAGACAGGGCCUCAAACUCACGGCGUUACGACAGGUGGGGUGUGUAUCCCGUGUCACUGCAACUCAUACGGCUCAAAGUCAUUUGACUGUGACGAAAAGGGUCAGUGUCGCUGUCAGCCUGGAGUCACUGGGCCUAAAUGUGACCGAUGCUCAAGAGGAUUCUUCAACUUCCAGGAGGGUGGCUGCACACCUUGCCAGUGCAGUCAUGUGGGAAACAACUGUGAUGCGAAUACUGGACAGUGUAUCUGUCCUCCCAACACAAUUGGUGAGAGGUGUGACCGUUGUGCGCCCAACCACUGGGGCCACGAUAUCACAACUGGAUGUAAGGAGUGUGGCUGCAAUGUGAUCGGUUCGCUGAGCCAGCAGUGCAACGCCAACACAGGCUGCUGCUUCUGUCGCGAUUCCUUCAGAGGAGAGAAAUGCGAUGAAUGUGAAAUCGGGUACAGAGACUUCCCUCAGUGCAUCCAGUGUGAGUGCAGCGUCGCAGGAUCGGACAGCCAGACCUGUGACCUGGAGAGAGGAGUGUGUGCCUGUGCAGACCGAACAGGAAAAUGUAGCUGCAAGCAAAAUGUGGAAGGGCACAACUGUGAUCGCUGUAAAACAGAUAUGUUUGGCUUAUCUGUGAAAAAUCCUCUUGGCUGCAGCAAGUGCUACUGCUAUGGACUGACUCACUCAUGCAUGGAGGCACAAGGACUUAUAAGGAUGUGGUUGACACUGAGGCCAGAGCAGACAGUGCUCCCCCUGGUGGACAAAUCCAACACUGUGGAGAAGAGGGCGGGAGUGAGCUUCCAGCACCCAGAGAUACUGGCUCAUGCAGAAGUGGUCACAACAACUCUGUCUGAACCGUACUACUGGAAGCUGCCAGAGCAGUUCACAGGCUCUAUGAUCACAGCCUACGGAGGACAACUGAAAUACGCUGUGUACUAUGAAGCCAGAGACGAAACCGGUCCUUCAUCAUAUGAGCCUCAAGUCAUUAUUAAAGGUGGUCCAAACCACAAUAUCAUAAUAACACGGCACAUCCCAGGACUUCAGAUUGGUCAGCUCACCCGUCAUGAGAUCGACAUGACAGAGCAUGAAUGGAAGUUUGCAGAUGGCCGGUCUAUGAGUCAGGAGGACUUCAUGGACGUUUUGUUCUAUGUGGACUACAUCCUGAUUAAGGCUUCAUAUGGCAAUCUGAUGAGACAUAGCCGUAUUUCAGAGAUCAGCUUAACCGUAGCAGAGGAAGGAACACCAACGGAGCAAAACGAGAAAGCCCAUCAGAUAGAAAAAUGUGACUGUCCAACUGGAUACUCUGGGCUUUCUUGUGAGGAGUGUGCUGCAGGUUUCUAUCGUCUCCGCGCUGGGUCGCCGGUUUCUGUUCCAGCAUCCAGGUUGCCAACAGCUGCCGGCAUGGGCAGCUGUGUCCAGUGUCAGUGCAAUGGGCAUUCCUCCACUUGUGACCCUGAGACAUCCAUAUGCCAGAACUGUCAAGACAACACGGAGGGGGAUCACUGUGAACGCUGCGCUCCAGGUUUCUACGGUUUGGUCCGAGGUUCUCCAGAUGACUGCAAACCUUGCGCCUGCCCCCUUUCCAAUCCAGAGAAUAAUUUCAGCCCUACAUGUGUGGCAGAAGGUUUCAGUGACUACCGCUGUACCUCCUGUGCUGAGGGAUAUGAGGGAAAAUACUGUGAAAGGUGUGCCACUGGUUACCACGGUAACCCAAAGAUGCCAGGUGGUCGCUGUGAGGAGUGUAAGUGUACCACGUGGGGUUCGUUACCAGGACCAUGUCACCCUGUCACGGGCCAGUGCCGUUGCAGGGUUGGGACAUCUGGAAUUUUGUGUGACCAGUGCAUGGAUCGGCAUGUGUGUGGACCGUCUGGGAUAAUCUCCUGUGACGAUGAGUGCUCAGGUUUGCUAAUAAGCGACAUGGACCGUCUCUAUCGCAUCAUCACUGAUGUCACACUGACCACACCCCUCCCGCCACCUUAUAAAGCUUUGUACCGCUUUGAAAACAUGACAGAGGAGCUCAAGCACAUGUUAUCGCCUCACAAAGCUCCGGAGAGAUUACUGCAACUGGCCGACUCCAACCUGGGAUCACUGGUCAUUGAGAUGGACCAGCUACACAGCAGGGCAACCAAGGUAUCUGCUGAUGGAGAGCAGGUGGAGGACGAUGCGGACAGGAUUCAUAAACGUGCUGAGGACCUGGAGCAGUUCAUCAGAGACACGCUGCUGGGAGCGAAAGACCUCCAAUCCAAGGCAGCUGAGUUGAACAAGACUCUCUCACGGAAAGAUGGAACUCCAGACAAAAGCCUUAGCAAGAUGAAGGGGGAGAUCCAGGCAAUGCUAGCCGAGAUGAGAAAACGGCAGCUUGGAGGGAUGAAAAGCAUUGCAGAGGAAGAGAAAGAUCUAGCAGAAGAGCUGUAUCAGAAAGUCAAAAGGAUGUUUGGUGACCCUCAUCAGGCCACUGAAGACUUGAAAGCAGAGAUAAAAGAGAAGCUGUCUGAUCAUGAGGGGAAGCUCCAGGAGGCUCAAGAUUUACUGAACUCUGCCCGGGGAAAGGCGAGGCAGGCUGGCUUGCUGACGGAACAAAACAAAGCCAACCUCACCGCUCUGCAGAGGAAGCGAGAUGCAGUCAAUGCUGUCAAACAAGACGCGCAGAAGGUCCUUGGAGAGGGAAAUGAUCUUCUAGAUGAGGCAAACCAGCUGUCUGACAACAUCAACAAGGAGCUGGAGGACUUGGAGGAGAUGGAUAGAGAGCUUGAUCCGCUUCAUGCUCAGCUGGAUGACGAAGUUCAGGGCCUCUCUGACGGUUUGAGCAAUGGCCGCCUGGCUGAACAUGUCCGCGAAGCAGAGGAACAUGCCAAACAGCUAAAUGAAUCGGCAGCCAUUUUAGAUGGUAUUUUGGCUGAAGCAAAAAACCUGUCCUUCAAUGCAACUGCUGCUGUCCAUGCUUACAGUAAUAUUAAAGCCAAUGUUGAUGCUGCAGAAAAAGAGGCAAAAGCAGCCAAACAGACAGCAAAUGAGGCUCUGGCACUGGCUUUGGGUCCUGAUGUCCCUGUAAAGGAGGCAGCUCAGAAUGCCCUCCAGAAGAGUCAAACAUUGCUGAACAAAGCCAAACAACUUCAGAAUGAUGUUAAAGAAAAUGCAGACAAUGUGGCCGGGCUAAAGGGCAGAGUUAAAGCAGCUAGAGACAAAACCAAAGGCCUUCUAGCAGCUGUUAAUGGAACCCUGGCGACACUCAACGCAAUCCCCAAUGAUACGUCUGCUAAACUAGCAGCUACAAAAGCAGUAGCAGCUGAUGCCAAUGCUACGGCCGUAGACGUCCUGGAGCGCCUUGCGGAUCUGAACCUGCGCCUCGGAGGCCUGACGCUGAACUGCAGCGAGCUGGAGGACGACGUCAACGCAGCCAAUCGGCUGAUCCAGGACCCUGAAAAAAACACAAUCAUCCAUGCUGCUGGAGCUAAAGUAAAGGAUUUGGAGGAUGAAGCUGACAGACUGCUGGAGAAGCUGCAACCGAUAAAAGAGCUUCAAGACAAUUUGAGGCGCAACAUCUCACAAAUAAAGGAACUGAUCAACCAGGCCAGGAAGCAAGCAAAUUCAAUCAAAGUCUCAGUUUCAUCAGGUGGUGAUUGCCUCCGAAGUUAUCGCCCCGAUAUCAGAAAAGGGAGGUACAACACCAUCAUCCUUCAUGUUAAAACCACCACACCUGAUAACCUCCUUUUUUACCUGGGAUCUGCCAAAUAUGUUGAUUUCUUGGCCUUGGAGAUGCGCAAGGGGAAGGUGAAUUUCCUUUGGGAUGUGGGUUCAGGUGUGGGAAGGGUUGAAUAUCCCCAUCACACAAUCAACGAUGGGAACUGGCACCGGAUAGAAGCGUCUCGUAAUGGUCUAAAUGGCACCAUAUCGGUAUAUCCCUUGGAAGGCCCUAUGGCUGGCAUGAUGCCAACCCCAGCCAGUGCCAACUCACCUACAGCUUACACCAUCUUAGACGUCGACCAGAAUGCCUACCUGUUUGUUGGAGGAAUUUUGGGCACUGCAAAGAAGGCAGAAGCAGUCAGAGCAUCAACAUUUAUAGGCUGCAUGGGAGAGACCUUCUUGGACGGUAAACCUAUCGGUUUGUGGAACUACAGAGAGAGAGAGGGAGACUGUAAAGGUUGUGUUGUCAGUCCUCAGCGAACUGAUGGUGAGGGGACAGUUCAGCUGGACGGUGAAGGCUACGCUGCAGUAGGACGACCCACAAGGUGGAACCCAAAUGUUUCCACCAUCACCUUCAAGUUUCGCACUUUCUCCUCCGACUCUCUGCUCAUGUAUUUGGCCACUGAAGACAUGAAAGACUUUAUGUCUCUUGAGCUGUCAGAAGGAAAGGUGAGGGUGAAUUUUGACCUGGGAUCAGGAGUUGGAAGAGCCCUAUCAGCUAAACGCCACAAUGAUGGACGCUGGAAAGCUCUCACCAUGUCGAGGAACAAGAAACAGGCCACUGUGAUUGUUGUGGACAUCGAUGAUGGUGCUGAGGAAAAGAUUGUGGCCAUAUCUCAGGGCUCAGCUACUGGUCUUAACCUGAAGGAAAACCAGAAAAUCUAUUUUGGUGGUUUGCCAACGAUUGGAAACUACAGCAUGGCAGCCAGGUCAGAGGUGAAUCUCAAGAGGUACGCAGGUUGUCUCAGAGACAUUGAAGUCUCCAGAACUCCAUAUAAUCUGCUCAGCAGCACUGACUAUACAGGAGUCACUAAAGGAUGUAAUGUCGAGAACCUAUACACAGUGAGUUUCAGUAAGCCAGGAUACAUGGAGCUGGGUGGCCCAUCUCUCGAAGUCGGCACUGAGAUCAGUUUGUCCUUCAGCACUCUGUCGGACUCGGGGAUUAUACUGCUGGCAGUGGGAGGGGCUUCACCCAUCAGCCCAUCACAGGUUCGCAGAUCAAACUUAAGUUCCAAGAGAAGACGAAGGCAGUCAGGAGAGCCCUACCUUUCUGUCAUGCUGAACAAAGGCUCUCUUGAGGUUCUAAUAAAUACCGGCAGUCAUAGUCAGCGUCGCGUCGUUAGACGACCUGACCAAGGAAACCUGAGCGAUGGCAGAGAGCAUUCGCUACGCAUAGAGAGGCUGCCUGGCAGAUUUUUUGCAGUCCAGGUAGAUGAGGAACCCAAGAGGGAGGCGUCGCUCCCCAAUGACCAGCCAAUUAGGCUGCAGCGCAUCUUCCUCGGUGGUAUUCCAGCAGACGUGGAACAGACAUCCAACAGAGUCAAUGUCCCAUUCCAGGGAUGCAUAUGGAACCUUAUGGUCAAUUCAGUUCUUUCAGAUUUCUCCAGGCCAGUUUCCUUUGAAAAUGCCGAAAUUGGCCAGUGUCCAAACCUUGCUCCACCUCCUCCUCCGAUACCAGAAGAGGAGGAAAAGAAGGUGGACUCAAAACCAGUCCGUCCUCCUCUCACCCCAGCUCCUGACAAACCUCGUCCUGGUCGCCCAGAUGAGGCCACGCCCCCCACCCCAGCUGCUGCCACACCCACCCCGCCUGCUGCUGUAGCACCACCUACUGCUCAACCGGAUCCUGGCUCAGACAUGGACUCGUGUGCAUCAGCUGUGGCUCCGACGUCGCUUGAAAAGGCAUAUCAGUUUGGACUGACCAGAAACAGUCACAUGAGCUUCGCUUUUGAUGACACCAAAGUCAGAGAGAAGUUAAUUUUGGAGUUCGAGUUGAGGACCAAGGAGCUUUCUGGUCUUGUGCUGUACAUGGCAAGAAUAAACCAUGCAGAUUUUGUUUCUAUACAGAUCAAGGAGGGACAAGCCUGUCUUGGAUUUGAUCUUGGUCAUGGAAACAUCUCUGAUUGUGUUCCUUUCUCUAUUAAUGAUGGUAACUGGCACAAGAUCCGAGUGCAGCGCACUAAGCAGAGAGGUGUGCUAGCAGUUGAAGGUCGAUACAUGAAACAGAUGUUCAGUCCAAAAACGGCGGACCUUUUAGAUGUGGUUGGAAAGGUGUACGUUGGUGGAUUACCGCAGAACUACACCACCAAGAGAAUUGGCCCAAUUCUCUAUAGUAUCAAUGGGUGCAUCCGUAACUUCACGAUGGGUGGAAGUCCUGUGAGCACCAAGUCAGCUGUAACCGGUCGUACUGAAGUGAUUAGUGAGGACUUUAAACUGGACAUGGCUGCACCAACCUCUAGUUACAUGGUUGGAAGGUGUUUUGUAUCAACUGAAACGGGAACCUAUUUCGAUGGCACCGGAUAUCUGAAAGCUGUUUCCUCCUAUAGGGUGGGUCUGGACGUGUCGAUUGCAUUUGAGUUUCGAACCAGCAAAACCAGCGGAGUCCUUUUGGCAGUCAGUAACCAAGCCAAUGAUGGACUCGGUUUGGAGAUCGUCGAUGGCAAGCUCCUUUUCCAUGUCGACAACGGAGCUGGCCGAAUCACUGCAAAGCAUGUGCCUGAAGGCAGGAGCUUCUGUGAUGGCCAGUGGCACAGCGUUACUGCCAACAAGCUUCGCCACCGGCUGGAGCUGGUGGUGGAUGGAGUAAAGAGCCAAGCACAGUCUCCCAAUGCUCGCUCCAACACCUGUGAUACCAACGAUCCCAUCUAUGUUGGAGGAUAUCCUGCUGGAGUUCGCCAGGCAGCUCUUUCUACCCGCUCAUCCUUCAGAGGUUGUAUGAAAAGCCUGAAGAUCACUAAAGCAUCUAAGACCAUGGAUGUGCAGUUCAACAAGGCCCUGGAGAUUAAAGGAGUCCAGCCACUAUCCUGUCCUGCCAGAGCUGCCUAACACUACCCUAAUCCUAUAAACCAGUUUCAACAAUGAAAGGGAAAUCUAAACAGCCCAGCUUCAAACACAGAUCUGCAGUGAACUUCAUGCUUUAAAGAACCAAAAGCUGUUCAACCUCCAAUAGAUCUAUAAUUAUGUUUUAAUCUUUAAAUCCCGCAGCCAUAAUCUGUUGAGCCUGUAACCAAGUUCAACAAGCAUUUAUCCUAUGCGUAACUUCUAUUGGCAUAAGAAUCAUUGUUACAGUGCAAUAUUAUGUGUGAAAAUCCACACUUUCAACUUUGAAAUAUGCAAUGUUGCUUAGUCAAAUUAUAUGAAUGUUUUGUGUCUCUCUACUUGAACAAUUCAUUGCAUGUCAGUAUUUGAUUCCCCAUACAAACAGAACUUCUACUAAAGAUUGAUCAUGGAUGAGUUUUUCAUCAUAAUGACGCAAGAUACGCUGCUAAGACACCCAUAGAGUGAGAUUAGAAAAUAUGUAAGGUAACUGGAACUUAGUUGCUUGGAUUUAUGGUUAGACUAUAGAAAAAUUGAGGGCUUCACAGAAAACAUUUUUCCACAAAAUCAUUGAUGGUUCCUGUCUGUGAAACCAACACCAAGCUGGACAUAAUUGUGAAGUGGAAGAAAAACCAUGCAUGGCUUUAAGAAUAUUUUACCAAUAAAAUCAGAAAACUUGGGUUUGUAUUCAACUGUUAACUUUAAAUAAAGUAAUGCCACCAAUCGCC